UCUGUGUGUAAGCGGGUCAGGCAGUGGUCGUAGAGUUCCUAAGAAGCAGCACAGCCCGUGAGUGCUGCUGGAACACUCCACUUCAGUCACCAUGAAGCUCUGGCUGCUUUGCACACUGGCACUGCUCUGGCUGGAGCUCCAAAAUGGUGUGUGCCAGCAGGUGAAGCAUAAGAAAGAGGCUGGUGAGAAUCGCAUAAGACCAGGAAGAAAGAGGGUGAAAACUCGCUACCCCAAAGUGAAAGAAAAGGAGGCAGGAAGCAAGGGCCAAUCUAUUCUUACCCAGGUUCUGGAUAAAGGCCGUUUUCUUAGACUUGGAGAGUCCCUUUCAUUAAAUCCUGAAAAAACAUUGGAACUGAGAUGCAAAGGAACACAGAUUGGCUGGGCAUUUCCCUCUUAUUUGGACACCUUCAAUGAUAACCGCCUCAGUAUCAAACAACAUGAUAGGUACAGUCAGCUGAUUCUGACAUCGCCCUCUGCUGCUGAUACGGGAGAGUAUAGCUGCUGGGUGAUGCUCUGUGAUGGCUCUGAAUGUGAAAAGGAUGCAGAUACAACCUCCAAAACCUACAUAUACUUUACAGACAAAGAUGAGCUGUUUGUCCCCUCCGCCAUCCAUUUUGAGAUUAUCUAUCUGCGGCCUGACAAGCCGGCUACCAUACCAUGUCGUGUGACCAACCCCAAAAUCAAAGUAUCGAUGCACAAGGAGGUUCCUCCAGAGGAAAUCCCUGUGGAUGGGACACAAAUCUUAUACAAUCCCACUAAGGGCUUCAUUAUCCAAAACCCCAGUCCAGAGCACAAGGGAGCUUACUACUGCAAGGCCAACAGCACCACUAAAAUGACCCCACAAAUAUCCACUAAGUACCAGCUGCUCUAUGUGGAGGUGCCUAGUGGUCCCCCUUUUGCAACUAUUGAGGCUUCUUCAAAUACAGUAAGCGGGGGAGACAUCUUUAAUCUUACGUGCACAGUCCUAGGUGAACCUGAGAUGAAUGUGAGCUUCAGCUGGAGGUAUCCUGGCCAGGAUCAGAGGCCAGUGAUCAUUCACGACUCCUGGAGGUUGAUAAACCGAGGUGUGGGACACACCACACGCAUCUCCCAAAGUGUCAUGAUUGUGGAUGAUGCUGAAACAAUUGACUUUGGAAAGUACAUCUGCAGCGCCAAAAAUAAGCACGGAGAGACAUCAGUGGCCACAUUAGUGAAGUCAGAUCAAUAAUUUAUCCUCAGAAGACAAGGAAGGAAAACAUAAGAUUAUAUAAUGUGCUGAGCUGGACAUUCACAUUUCAGGCUUCAUGCUGUUUGAUUCACAUUUUAACCAUUCAAAAUCCAUUUCACAUAUGGCUUGGAAACAAAUAGCUUUUUUUUUUUUUUUUUUUUUUUUUAAGACCGAGCUUUAAAAUUAAUGUAUCUUAAUGAAGAUACUGAGAGCUCCUUGUUAGGUUGUUACUCAGUACUAUACUUUAUAUUUUUUGCCCUAUUAAAUGUAUUUUAAGUGUACAAAGGGUUUUGUAAGAAUUAGUCAUCUGUGGUAUUGUGACUACAUCUGCAUAUUUCAAUCACAUUAAUCCAACAAAAUGGAAGGUGUUAAGGUCUAAGAGCAUAUUUCUGUACUACCUUUCAUUACCAUGAAAUAUGGCUGAGGAGCAUGAAGGCUUUGUGCUUUGCUUUAAUGGACUCCUUAUGUGGAAUGUGCAGUGGGAGCCCAGUGCUUAUUUUGGUUCAGUGCGACCUAUUCAAAGCAUGUUUCUCCUCUCACACCAAUCUCUACUUUUCAGUUAUUGAAUUUCUAGCUAUUCAAGAAUAAGUUUCAGUAGAAUUUGCCCUUAUAAGGGGCAGACCUAGCAACCAACAAUAAAAAUAUAUAUAU